AUGAAGCUCGAAACAUCUACUUAUAUCCCCGGAGAAACAGCCAGUCAAGACCCAACAUCACAUUUUUUCUCAGGUCCCGCUGUCGGUAAGAGAGUCCACAGUGAUACUUGGGGCUUGCUCGUGAACAUCUCUUGCGUGCUGGUCAACCCUUAUACUCGACUCCGGCCUGUCAACAUCACAUCGCCUGACAUCGUCCCCGGCGUGCUGCCGUACCAAUUGGCCAUGGCGCUGCUGGCCCUGUGGACGCUCCUGACGGUCUUGCCUCAGCUUCUGUUCCCGGGCUCGGUCUUCGGCCGCCGCUGGGCGUCCGUCCUCGACGGGUUCGCCAUGUUCCGUUGUGGUGUCGAGUGGAGGGGUGCGGCCCACGAGCUGCGUGGCAGGGGUCUGGCCUCACAGGACGCGAGCUCGUUGUGUCAAGUCCCAGGCAUGGUUGGAGAUCUGGAGCCACGCCGUGCGUGGGAGGCUGGCGGGGCUUCUCAGGCUCUUUGA